UUCAUCAAAUUUGGUGCACCGAAUUAUCUUGCAUGUCUUUGAUAUGGCUUAAAAAUGCGAUCCGACUACAACCAGCCCAGUGCAUCGACAACUUCGCAGAAACAUUUAACGCUUAUCUGAUAAUUUUGUUAAUGCAUGUGUUGAAAGCAACGCAGUUAUACUAAACAUAAUGCUAUAUUUUUCUACGUAAUCAAUAAUUUGAGCAUUUCUUAUAACGGAUUUAAUGGAAUGAGUUAACAAUUUUUAUCUAAUGCAAUCGUGAAUCGCACUUAAAUAUCAAAGUUUCCGAGUGUAUAUAAAUCGUCUUACUUUCCCCAAAAGACCAUUAGUAGAACAUUAAACUUAAACAAUGAAAGUGCUGGUGAUUUUGGCGGUUUGCGCUCUAACAGUCGCUGCCGUGCCCAUUCCUGAAGAGGAACGUAUAAACGGAGAGAAUGGUUGGUAUGUGCCCCAGGCUAAUGGCUCUUUCAUUUGGGUUUCUAUCGAAGAGGGUGAACAAAUGCUAGAUGAAUUGGAGAAACAGGAAGAAAUGCAGAGUCGUCUGUUACCAGUGCCAGUGACUUUCUACUUGUACACAAACAGAAAUCCGUCAAAAGGACAAAAGAUUACAGAAAGCUUCAAAUCCAUAUCCGAAUCCGAAUUCGAUGCUAGCAAUCCAACUAGGUUCGUUAUACAUGGUUGGAUACAGAGCUACACCGCCGGUAUGAAUAAGGAUAUUUGUGCAGCUUGGUUGGCACGUGGAAAGUACAAUGUGAUCAUUGUAGAUUGGGCACGCGCACGUUCUGUCGACUAUGCCUCUUCUGUUGCUGCUGUAGCAAAGACUGGAGAAAAGGUGGCCAGCAUGAUUAACUAUUUGGUUGAGAGCUUUGCGAUGAGUUUGGAGGAAACAGUAGUGAUCGGCCACAGUUUGGGUGCUCAUGUAGCCGGUUAUGCGGGUAAGAAUACUAAGAAGGGCUUGCUGCACACUAUAGUCGGUUUGGAUCCCGCUUUACCACUCUUCAGUUACAACAAACCCAAAAAACGUUUGAAUGCCAACGAUGCCAAUUAUGUCGAGUCCAUUCAGACCAACGGUGGUACAUUGGGUUUCCUCAAACCAAUCGGUAAGGGCGCAUUCUACCCGAACGGUGGUAAGAGCCAACCUGGUUGUCCUUUAGAUGUAACUGGUGCCUGCAGUCAUGAAUGCUCCUGUUCUUACUACGCUGAGGCGGUAGCUCGUGAUAACUUCUCCAGUAUGCGUUGUGAUGACUAUAAGAAAGCAGUGAACAAUAAAUGCGACAGCUUUUACAGUGGUGUGAAAAUGGGUACAGUGACGAAUGCGAAUGCUUAUGUGGCGACCGGUGAUUAUUAUGUACCUGUGCAUAGUUCUUCACCUUAUGGCUUCGAUGAUGUUUAAACGUGUAAAAUAUUUAUAUAUACGUAUAUUUAUAAGAUCUAAAGUUCUGUUUUUAAGAACAAAAAAUAAAAAUAUAGAAACAAAAAAGCGUUGUAUUAUUAGAAAAAUAAAUAAAGUUGGUGCGAGCAAGCCUCCAAUAAAUUUUA